CUUUUUGAUCCCAGUUGUUUAGGUAUUAUGCUACCGUUACGUUCGUUACUAUUUCGAUUGCUAUUGGAGGUGAUGGAGAGACAGUGAGGUCUUUAUACACUCGUUUAAUUUGGGUUAUAUGUGAUAUUAGUAUAAUUGGCUGGAUAGAUAAUCAACUGUGGAUAAGUGCACAACGCAGGAGUUCGGAAUCGUAUCGAUCAAGACUGAAUCUUAGGGGAUUACGCGAUUUUUUUUGGGAACAGAAGCAAUGUCCAGCGAACUCGAGGACCAUGGGGUCAUCCCCCGUCCCGCUGAAGCCCCCCCAAUAACGCUUUCCACAGGCGCCAUAGCUGGCAUCGCAGUCGGCGGCGCCGUGGUGCUUUUCGCAGCCUUAGCACCCCUCCUCAUCAAGCUAGCCAAACGACAAGAGCGGCGACGACGGGCAUCUAUAUCAGUAGCCGAGGCCUUCGGCGAGACCCCUGAGGAGACCGCCGGACCUAAACGCCUACGCAAAAAGAGCUUCAUCGGCGAGCCGGUAACAGUCGAUAAGGAAGAUGACGAAGUAGGUCGGGAGGAAGGUGAAAGUCGCCGCUCAAGCCUACACGUCGCGCCCUCCAUAUCUCCAUCAAAAUCACGACAGGGUAGUUUCUCAGCAGCAAACGAUGGAAGUGGUCGCGGUAGUGUUGAUACCGUCAAUACGCAAAGCCUGGAACAGUUACAAAAGCAACGUUCCCCAGAGAAGCAACGCGGAUAUGGCAUGUACCAACAUCGACGCAAGACAUCAUGGAUCGACGAGGACGCGCUUCACGGACCGACUACAUCGCCAAGGAAGUCGAAGCAGAAGCACAAGCGUCGUGUGAGCUGGUUCGAUGGAGGACUAGGACGUUCUCUUAGUCGUCUGUCGACGCGGAGCGGUAUGGGAGAGGUUAGUCCCACGCUACCAUAUACUGGGACGGAUGAUGGUGCGCAAUUUGAGACGCCCACUGAAGGUGACGACGAACGAGAAUCGAGGGAAGUUGCGCAGGGGAAGCGGUUUUCGUAUGCCACAACACCACCACGUUCGGUUCGCCAGCAGCACCACCAACAGCAACAACAAGCAUACACAAGUCCUCAAAGAUCAUAUGGCCCUAGUAACAACCCGAGUCCUGGUUCUAGUUCCAAUGACUUAUCAAAGUCACCACCAGAUAUUGUUCACAAUCCACGAUAUAGACAAAGGGUUUCUUUCCAAGCCGCGCAACAGUUAGCAGGCGGAGCGCGUCUCCCAGCUCCAAUCGGUAUUCCACAGGGACAGAGACAACCGAUACUCAAGCACAGCGCCACGGAGACAGAGCUGGCAGAGAUCCUUCGGAUGACCGCCGAAAGACUCCAGGACGGAAACAGGAGCUCAAGACGACAGACACUCAUGUCGCCCUUCUCAUCCGUAAGGUUCCCCAUGAGAAGAGGUCAAAGUUAUCAUAACGGAGGCUAUCCAGAUAUCAACUACGAACCUUCGGAUAGAGGCGACGUUAGCCCCGUCAAGAACCACAAGAGUGCCCCCGCAACAAUGUCAUAUGCCAAACUUGAGGGCUGUACCCCCAGGAACCAAUCACCUCAACGGCAGAUGCAGACUCCAAGGCAUUCGCGGCACAUAUCUCACAUGUCGCAGAUCUCACAAGUUUCCAUGAUAUCGGAAGUAGAUAGUCUCGUUGCACCAAAGAGGGAAUCAUUGCAGGAAAUACACACUGCCUUAUCCAGUCCAAGCCGUGCCGGGAGGUCAGCGGAGCCAACUCCUAGCCCCGAAGGAAUGAGGCAAAGCCAGCAAAUGCGACCGUUUUCAAACGGUAGCACAUUAUCAUCUGCCUUAUCGACAUUAUAUAGCAUGGAAGAAGCGUCAAUUCGCAGCCCGCCCGCGAAUGAUUUGAGAAUUGAUACCAACGUCAACAGAUUCUCUGGCCAGAGACAAAUUGGGGAGACAAGCCCCAAACAUAAGUACGAGGAAGUUCCCUCGCCCCUGCGAAUUCGUCGGGGAACCUUGGGAGGAAUUGUUGCGCCCGAUACCACACCUGCUUCUCGACCUGGAUCACGACAGAACAGAGAAUCCGCGGUUUUACCUAGCAGUCGAACAUCAUUCAUGAUCCACGCGAUGAACGACACUGAGGACCCAUUCACGGCGGUCACAACGCCACAAAACCCAGCGCGGCUAUCAAAAGUUUUCUCUCCGAUACCAACGCAAAUGCCAAAAGAAUCGGGACCGAAACCACCUAGUGGCGCAAGACCCAUACCAGAAGACAGCCAAUACGUUGAGACACCUACGCCAUCCCCCACCCGGAGAGGAGUAUUGCCAUCUCCACGGACAAUCUUAAACUCCCCAAGUAACCGACGAGCACCUAGCCCGGUAAUCUCCGAAGCGGGGCUAUCCUCUGUGUACGACAGUUACAUCUACACCUACAACGAGACCUCAGGUGGAUCCAGCGCAAACAGCAGCACAGACACAACCACUAAAUCCGACGUCACAUUAUCUCGGCGAUCAAGCAGCGUGUCAACAGGUCGAGAAUCGCGGGUCGGAUUCCGCAUCCCCAACUAUGGCCAAAGCAACGAAGACACUAUGGCAACGCCCACACUAGCAUGCUCACCAAUGCUAAUCGGUCCCCGCUCCCCUCCUCAACCCCGACGCAGCGUGCCCUCCGACGGCUCGAUCUAUUCGCAAGACACCGUUACAACCAUAACCCCCGCCACCAACACCAGCAAUGAAGACCGCGUCCCGCCUCUCCGCGCAUCAACAGUGAAAAAGAACAAAAGCGUACGCAUGUCAAGCACCAUCACCGAGCUGCGCCGAAUGAACAGUCAAAUCAGCACCAUGAGCGACGUCAGCGUAGCCAGUUCCACGCUCCCGGGCAUGCGAGGCGGGGGGUCGAGUCCCGGACGGCAGAGUAAUGGUGGAAAGAAUUAUCUCUCGCUUGGGGGUGGGUUGCGGAAUAGUGGCAUGUUCAUGCAACUUUCGAAUGGGAUUGGGGGUGGCUCGUUAAGUGAUGUUGGGGUUGUGACUAAAAGUCCUAUACGCCGGGGUAGUGUGAAUAGAAGUAGGAGAGGAACGGUUGUGCUGCAGGGAUUGGAUUCGCGGAUGAGUGCGAAUAUUGGCACGAAUAGUGUGAAGAGGAGUAGUCAGCUCAUGUCGCAUGCGGCGAGGUUGAGUCGUGAGGAGUCGAAGGGGAAGAGGGUGAGUGUGGAGAGUUUGUAUGAUUCGAAGGGGUUUUUGAAGAAUUAGUUGGGCGAGGAUUGGGAUUUAAUUUUCCUUCUGUUGUGUGAACGAUUUGCUUGUAUCUUUAACCACCGUAUUGGAUAUAUGCUUUGGAAUAGGCCGGGCUGGGGCGUCACCAAUAUAAUUUCCUCUGUAACAUGUAACAUAUAAGACAGAUUAUCGGGUAACAUUUCAUGCCAUAAGAGUUCGCGUGCCAGUAUACGGGACGGCGCGGCCCGUAGAAUAUU